GAUACCUAUUUUUAAUACCUUGAAGAAGACGUCCCUUGUUCCUUGUCAGUAAAAACGAAGACAAAAAAGACCUUAGUAUCUUAUAAAAUACCAUAAAAUGUCAUGAACGCGAUUUGUUUAGUCCACGUAGAUUAACAAUGGUGUAAUUUUUAGGCGUGAAAAAAUGGCUAUGGCGAAGAAGAAGAAACAAUUUGACGAACUGAAAUUUUGGAAGGAUCCAAGAAUCUUCCAUCUGAAAUAUCUAUCAUGUGAUUCGGCUCUUCACGAGCUCGUGGAAUUACCAAGGUGACAUCUUCGAUUGGUAUGUAUACGUUGCAAAAAAUGUAAACUUGCUUAAAUAUGUCUUUCCCACGACCUUUUCCUUAGAUCGGUUAAGAAAACAUUUCUUCUAGCUUCUGCUGCUUAGCGAGUUGGACCUCAUGCAUUUUCAUCCAACACAUUUAUUCAGCAACAACUUACUUUAAGAAGUAGUGCCUCUACCUUUUUAACUUGAUGGCAACAAUUAUCUUUUUAUCUCUUUUAAGAUUGACUUAUGUUUAAUACAAUUUCUGACAAAGAAAAUCCUAAGCAAACCAAGUUAAUAUUUCAAAUGCUUCAUAUAUAUAUAUACACAGAUGUGUCAUAUCUCGUAACGUUAAAAACCACCUAGAUUGCAAGAGGUAUAUUUGGCAAAAAUGGCAGAGUCGGCGAGCAGCCAAAAUUUACCAUCGACGAGUAAGCAGCAACCAUCCCAUGAAAAGAUCUGUUUAGAGACUCACACCUGGCAUGAAAAACGUUUUCACAUGAUCAACAAGUGGGAAUAUAGAAUUCCAUAUUGUUCAAAGGACAAGAACCUUCAAGCCAAUUACAAUGCUGUAACAAAAAACUGCCUUUUACAAGAUAUUUCUUACUAUACCUGUAUCGAGAUAGUAGGAGAGAAAAAUUUGUUGGAAGCAACUUUGAAGGAACAUUGUAAUCCGAAAAAAAAUUUUACAGCAAAGAUGUACACCAAUGGUCAAAGAGAAGGUACGGUAAUGUUCUUUAAAAAGAAUGGCUAUCCACAGUUUCCUAUUGGUAAUGUGAAUUUUUUCUGGAAGCUAAGCGAGACAAACAUUAAAACUAUUUGGAUAUGGGUACAUCCUGCUUUUUAUAGUGAUUUUCUUAGUGAGAUUAUAUCUAGUUUUGAGUUUAAACAGAACGCGGAACAAGAUAGAACUGACAUUUCAUACAAUUUAAAUGAUUUGUACACAAAUGACGCAGGCUGUGAAAUGCGUGUAUUAAAAUAUGCAUUAAAUAGAUUCAGACUUUCUGGGCCAACAGCUUUAACUGUAUUAAAAGAAGCAUUACGUGUACCUUCUCUAACUGAACUAGGUUCGGAAAAUUGCCCUAUGACAGAAGAACAGGAUAGCUCGUCAAGUGAUGAAAAAUUAGAUACAUCAACUGAUAGUAAUAUCUCUGUGCGAACUCUGCUGAAAAUGACAAUUGAUGAAAAAGUUAUCAAAGAUUUGACUAUACAAGAUCUUAAGGAAAAAAUGUGGUAUACUAAAUAUUAUAAAGAAAGAGAAAAUAUAGAAGCUUUUAAGAUACAAGAGCAAAUGUGGCAAUCGAUGAAGGUUUUGGGAUCACCAAGUUUUCUGCCAUCAAAUAUGAUUAUUGGAUUAACCGUUUCAGAUCCACACUUUUAUUUACCUGCAAGGAUGAAAACUGAGGUUCCUUCAUCUGCUGAAAGCUUACGUUGUCAGUUACCAACUGAUUUAAUUCGUUCUCCUAUUUGGGAUGCUCAAAUACGUCAGAUCGUAAGCAAUUCUUGUGUGUCCACAAACAUGAUCGAGUUUAUAUGUGUAGCUACUAUGUCAAAUAGUCCAUAUUUUAAUAAGGAUGCAAAAAUACCAAUAUUUCUUAUACAGAAACCUGCAAUAGCUAGUUUAGGUUUAGGUUCCAGGAUAGAUAUUAUUAUACCAUCUAGAUGGGCAUUGUCAUUUUGGAUUGCACUUACAAUGUUAACUCCAUUAGUAGGCGGACUUCGAGAAACCAAAUUAGUAGUUUUUGAAAGUUUAGGAACAUAUGUACCUGAUUUCAAUGAUCCCGACACUCCUGCUUACAAGAGAGAGGCGUUGGAGAGAAAGAAGAGAUUAACCAACGAAUAUUUUUCUCAUUCGCCAAACCAAAGAGUUAACUUUAUCAAAUAUGGCAUUCGCAGUCCUUUCUUCUGCGAUUGGAAAAAUUUAACCAAAGGCUGGUCGGACGUAAAAGAUUUUUACGUUCUGCGACAUUUUAGACUUUUAGCAUAUUUAAGAAACGAAAUUGAAAGUAAUAAACGUAAGAAUGCAAGGUCCAAAUCAACUGUCCAAGAGUCAGAAUUCGAUUUUCAAAAAUUCGAUAAAUAUAAAAAUUGCCUGGUACGAGUCGGAUUGUCUAUGGUGAGCGAAGGAACACCGAAGGAGUUCGCGAUCAUAUGUAUGCCGAAACGCAAAGAUUUGAGAAGAUUUCAAAAUAAUAAAAAUUAUGAUGGGCCUGUCGAAAAAUAUCACACCGAUCCGAAUGAAAACUUCCGCAAAAUAUUAUUUAAAUUAUACUUGAUGCAGAUGAAACAACUAAGACGGGACAGAUUUGAACUGGAGAAAACGUUCCAAGAUAAUGGAUUGCCGGAGGAAUUUCAUUCCAUUGAGGACGAGAUUAAUCGUGCAUUACUCUUAGAAUUUCGCAAAAUUAUAUCAGAUGAUUUUGCGGAAAGAAUAAGAAAAUGGUAUCUCCCAAAAUCGACGGAAGUUCGCCAUUCCUGCGAUAGAAAAGUCAUGGGAUACGUAACGAUAGGCAGUUAUUCACUUCUUCGUGCGAAAGGUAUUGGCAUCGGAUAUGUUACAUUACCCUCGUUACUCGAAAUUAUUCGCAAAAAGUCUAACAUUGUUCUUGUUAGGAAUACUAAAGAUCUACAGUAUAGAUUAGCACGUUUAAAAAUAUUAGUAGAUAUUAAUGAUAAAUAUUAGUAGAUAAGUGUGCAUAAGUAUAUUUUUUACUUUAUGAACAUUUUAUCUUAUUACCAGAGUCCGGAUCUCAGGGCCGUUUUCCCCACUCCUAGUUUAUGUUAGCGGCCAAGCGCGGGAAACAGUACCAUCUAUGAUCUAUGCCGGUCUAGUGAUAAUAGCAAAGAAG